CAACAAACCCUAAUACCCUAUCCUUGCCAAAAAAAAAAAAAAACCCCUAAACUCGACCCCAGCCUCAUUUCUCACUUAACUCGACCCUAAUUCUGGAAAAGUGUUGUUUCCUUCACCGAAAGGUCAAGUGAAACCGUCCUCCAGUUCUGUGAUUUCGACGACUCCGGCAACCUGGCAAGGUGUUUGUGACUGAAAGAGAAGGCAGAAGGAGAGCGAGCGACUCCGGCAACUUUAGUAAAAAUAAAUCAAGGAGUCCAAGUGUGAUCGGUUAGGAGCAUACGAUUGGGAGAAUCAGAAGAUGAAGACUAAAAAGUCAAGUAAGAAGCGUGCAGCAUUGGAGCUAGAUACUCCGGCUAUUAAAGACAAGGUUGAAAUUGGUCAUGGAGAGACUGCAGAUGGAGUCCUUGUUGAUCAGGAUUUGAACGAACCAACCAUGGGAGAAAAACUUACUAGUUUGAAUAUAGUACCUGAUGAUAGAGUGGAGAGCCAAAAUAAAGAAGGCUCUUCUCUGCAUGCAAAGCCUCCGAGUGCAGACUCUGUUCAUAUUUUGCUUAAGCAAGCACUACAUGCUGAUGACCGUGCCCUUCUAUUCGAGUGCUUAUACACCCAAGAUGAGAAGGUCAUUGCAAAGUCUGUCUCUCAAUUGAAUCCAGCUGGUGUUUUGAAGCUCUUACAAUCUCUCAUAUCUCUUAUUGAGUCAAGGGGUGCAAUUUUGGCGUGUGCACUUCCAUGGCUGAGAAGUCUACUUCUUCAACACGCAAGUGGGAUAGUGUCUCAAGAAUCUUCUUUAAGUGCCUUGAACUCUUUAUAUCAGCUCAUUGAGUCCAGAGUUUCCACUUUUCAGUCAGCUCUUCAACUAUCAAGUGUUUUAGACUUGCUGUAUACAGGGGUUGUUGAUGAUUUGGAUGAUGAGAAUGGCACUACAGGUCCAGUUAUUUACGAGGACAAAGAUAGUGAUGAAGAGGAAUCUGAGGACGCCAUGGAGACUGAUCAAGAUGAUGAAGAUGGUGAGGAUUUGGAUGCAGAACUUGGUGGUGUUAGCGACUUCGAAGGAAUUGAAGGACUUGAUGACUUGAGCGAUUGAUCCAACCUUUGAGAUGCAUUUUUGUUGUAUUAACUUAUCAGCAAGUUGUACCAAACUACCAAUGACAUUGGCAUUUAUAUGAAUGAAGUUUUGUUACAUGCUUA